GAUCCGAGAGCUACGUGAAGAGAUAGACAGGCUGAAGAGUACACUUCUCAGCUUCCAGAUGCAACGGAAUCCUAGCUCUUCUCUGAGUGAUCAGAGAGACGGGAGUCUGUCUGACAUCGUGUUGCAGAACGAACUAAAGGUGGAUGAGCUGACGAAGGACUGGUCAGAGAGCUGGCGGGACAGGAAGGAGCUGUUGGAACAGUACAGUGUGGAUAUCAACAGAGACCGGGGAGGGGGUAACAAGGAUUGGACCUCAGGACAAACUGGUUGAAUCACAAAUAGUCCUCCAGGGCGGCACCACCUGUGAGAUAGAGAACCAGUCUGGGGUUGUGACCCUGAGGCCACUGCCAGGGACUGUCUGCAUGAUCAAAGACAGGGUGGUGACGGAGUCCUGCAAACUGGCACAAGGGACCUUGAUCACACUUGGAGGUGUCCACAAGUUCCGUUUCAACCACCCAGCAGAGGCUGAGGUCAUGAGAGAACGGAGACGGGCCAGUGAAGGUGCACUGAACUGCAGCUACAAUGAUUUUCAAGCCUUGACCUCUGAUUCCAGGGCUGGAGGAGAGGCAGUCCAAGGGCAGACGGGUGACCGUGAGGCUGAGGGUAAGGAGCCUCCCCCCAGGCAGCAGUGUGUUGAGGACCAGCUGCGGUGCGUGGAGGAGCAGAGGGAGUAUGUGGAGUGUCUACGCCAAGAAAUCCAGACUGAACAGAGACGAGCGGUUAGAGAUCUAGAGAGAGAACAGGCCCAUCUGAGACAACGACACACUGACAGUGAGUACACCUCUACUUAA